CUUCCACUGAGGGAUUGGUUAUUGGAUUUUGAUGAUGGUGGGGCAAAAGCCAUCAAUGACUUGGACAUUUGUUAAAGAUAUCUUGCCCUCUUUGUCACAUGUGUGUGUUGUCAUCUUGACUUUUCCAUUUUAUUGGGGGCAUCAAAAGAUCUCACUGAAAAGGAUGCAGAAACUUCUAUAAUAACUUUAUAACCAUUUGUUUUCUUUGAAAAGUACAAGGUAUCAAACAUUGAUUCUAUUGACCUUCGAUGUCCCCAAAGGAUAUAAUGCAUAUGAUGUAGUAAAAGACAAGAGAAGCCUUUUUAUGACAAAAAGAAAGCAGGUUGUUAGUGGGUUGGAAGAAUUCUAGGUGCUCACUAUAUAUUUAUUUAUUUAUUUUUGCAUAAAUUUGACUGAAAGAAGCAGUGACACGUCAGUUGUUUUCUGAUACUGUCGUCUUAAUAACCAACUUGUAUCCACCCUGUCUGUCAGUAUCAGCAUCUGGUUCCCCUUGCAUGAUUUGGAAAGUGAUGUGAGAGGGCAUCAUAACUGAAAAUUCUUUUCUUAUGUAGACGCUGAAUCAAUAAAGGAGGAAACAAUAACUGGUCAAUUUUUAUACAUAAAUAAUAAAUAACCCCUUUGUGGGGUUAGCUACAUAUGUGCCACAUGACUUCCAAUUGGACUUGGCGCCCACACAACAAGCCCUGGCUGGCAAUAUCAGGUGUGGGUGUGUUCAUGUUUUCAAACAUCCAAAUAUUCUUUAAUGAAAAUUAAUAAUAACAAAACAAAAGAUUUUUUUUUUUCUCAUGUAAUUCCACCGUCAUCACACGACCUUUUACCCUCAGCGUAGGUGGGUCCCAGCAGAAAUCACCCUGGCCAAUGAAAGGGCAAGUCUUGAUAUAUUGAUUUUUUAAAUAUUUUAUUCUUCCCCUUUGGAUUUUGCAAUUAUGACGGUGCACUUGUUGUUUGCUGAGUGGAUCUUUAAUUUGUUCCUAUGCAGUGGUGUUUUCCUUCUAUAACUUGGAACUAAAUUCUGAGUCCUUGUCAAGAAAGGAUUCCUUGACUUAAUUGCCUUCCCAUCUCUAUAUAAAGACGGAGACCACUCUGGCUUUCCUUGCUCAUAUUCUUUAACACAAUCGCUAACAAGAGAAAAAGAAGUCUCACAACAACUCCAAGAAAUCCAAGAAGAUGGAUAAUCUCAACUAUUGCACGGAUUGCAAGGGGAACACUGAAGUUAUUCUCGAUCACACAACAGGGGACUCAAUCUGCUCCCAAUGUGGAUUAGUUCUGGAAGAUCACUUCAUCGAUGAGAGGUCUGAAUGGCGAACUUUUGCCGACAAUGAUGACGACGAAGAUCCCAAUCGUGUUGGCGCUGCCUCUGAUCCUCUCUUAACCUGUGGAAACCUGUCAACCAUAGUUUCCUAUAAGACUAGUGGUGGUGGAGGUGGUGCUAAGUCUGAGGGUAUGGGCAUAAAUUGGAGGACACAUUCGCUGAUAAACCCAGAUAGGGCUCUCACCAAAGGCUUUGAAGCGAUAGCUUCUAUGGCAGAUGGUCUAAGCAUUGUCCAACCGGUGAAGAUUAGGGCUAAUGAGAUAUACAAGAAUGUGGUUGAACAAAAAUCUUGCAAAGGCAGGAACCUGAACGUUAUAUUGGCUGCUUGCUUGUUCAUUGCCUGCAGAGAGAGUAAAUCUCCGAGGACAUUAAAGGAGAUAUGCAGUGUUGCGGAUAGGGUUUCAAGGAAGGAACUUAAUAGAACUAUAGAGACUAUAAAAAAGCAUCUGGAGAUUGGUACUGGGACUUUGCACGCUAGUGAACUUGUGAGACGUUUCUGUUCCCAUCUUGGCAUGAAAAAUCAAGCCAUGAAAGCUGUUCAAGAAGCUGUUGAAAACUCUGAAGAGAUUGAUAUCAGGAGAAACCCAAAAUCCAUCUUGGCAGCCAUUAUUUACAUAGUCGCUCAACUUUCAAACGAGAAAAUACCUCUUCGAGGUCUGAAUUUCUCUCUGACAUUUACUUUUUAUACAGAAAUUUUCACAAAUUAACCACUUGCCUAUCGCUGAUUUUAGAAAAGACCCUUUUUUUGAACACAGGAAAUUUACCAAACGAAAUCUUUCUUGAAUCAUUACAAAUAGAACUUUGCUUGAAUUGGGAUUUCUCUUUUUUCCUUUUUUUUUGUGUAUAUUCUUUGACAUAAUUGAUAGACCAUCUGAUUUUGAAGAUGAGAAUUUCCCAAAAGAAAUCUUUUCUUGAAUCAUUACAAAUUGAACAUUCCUUGUAUUGCGAUUUCUUUUUAUAUACUCAAAAAGCUUGUAUCUUUGACAAUUGAUAGAAAAUUAUUGUUUUCAAGUCAUAAUAUGUUAGAUUUUUCACAUAAUUAAAAAAAGGCAAGAGAGAGAGAGAGAGAGAG